UCUGAAGUUCCUUUGCUUGGCUCCUGCGAGCUCCUUCCUUCAGCUGAGUCUGGAGCAGAUGAAGAACAUCUCAUCCAGUGUCCAUCAGAACUGCAUCGACAUCCUUCCUGAAGUGUCUGCGGCUCUGGCCAGUAACGCGCCGGUUCUGACGCUGGAUACCAUCACGGCUCUGGGUCAGUCGUCCACAGGUUUGAGCACGGCUCAGAUCAGCGGCACUGGAGGGAAUGUGCUGCUCAAUGCACUCUCCGUGCUCAGACUAGUUCAGGGCUGGAACCUCGAUCAGGCCAUGAUGAUCAUCCAAACCCUGCUGUCGUCUGGAGUUUACCAGAUAAACAGUGCAGCCAGCCUGCAGAACUUGGGUUCACUGAUCAUCGGUGUUCAAUCAUCAAUCUUUAACCUAAUCUCAGGAAAUAUCUUCAUUGAGGCAAUGAAAUCUGAAUUGUUCGUGACCAACGUCUUCAGCGCACCUGUGAUCGUCCAGCAGACCAUCGUCAGCCAGAUCAUCACGGUCAACAGCUCGUCUGAUGCCGUCAUCACAAACGUUCCUGACCUCCUGGCCACAGAAAUCCCACGUGUUUUCCUGCAGGAUGUGUCACAGUCCUCCGCGGCAGCACAGACGGUCAACCAGAAGAAAUGGAAACAGGAGCAGGCCGUUUUGAUCUUUGAAAACGUCGCUGCACAGUUCAGCAACCCAGAUGAGUGA